CCCUCCACUCCAGUGUUUCGAAUAACAUUCACCUAUUCGCUAUUGUUUUCAUCAGUGCUAUAUUCAUCCACGUUUUGCCACAAAAUAAAGCAGAAUCCAGGAUCAAGUGAUCAAGUGGUGCACAGUCACAGUCACCAAAACUUUCGUCAUUGUUCAAUGAAAGAUCUGUCUGUUCCACAACUACCACAAACAGCAGGCAUUACUUUAAACCAGAAUCCAAGACCAACAGUCAAAGAAAUGCCUAACGUUCCUGUACCUCCUCACUGCCAGGCCACAGACAUCCUGAAGGACCUUAACAACCUCAAAGAUGACAUGAAAGUCAAGGACUCCUGCCUUCAGGUACAUAUUUUGGAUGGUCAUGCACCUUCAGCUGCUGACAUUGCAACCCUGAGGAAGGAGGCGAACGUCUCCUUCGAAAGAAUCAUUACCAAAGCAGAGACCUUGCAAAAAGAACUGUGCUUUAGGUUCAAAGCUGCUAAGAAAUUCAGUUCAUCCACCACUCCCACCAAAGCUACCAGCAGCAGCACACCAACAAAGCCACGCUUCACAACAAAGAACUCCUUCCAGACACCGCCAAAGUCACCGUUCCCAUCCACCAUGGCCUCACCUACUGCAUCAACCAGUGCUUGCACCCUUAAAAAUUCAAAGAGACCGCCAACCUCAUGUAACUCGACAGCCAGCACACCAACUAAAGUCCCCAAGACAGACUACUUCGAAGAUGCUGAUGACGACCUUGAUGAAAUAUUCAGCCAGCCUCAACCAUCUCUGGAGGCCCCAUACAAAACGAGCCCAAAGUCACCAUCUUCAUCAUCAACAACUGCUGAUGUCAAGGAUACCAGCAACAUCAACAAGCCACCAUCCACACCUAACAACCCUAUGAAGGACAAAGAAACAGUCCCCUCCACUACCGCACCCUCUACCCCUGAUGAAGAUAACCAAUUCACAAUGGAGGAGGCACUGACCAUCAUCGAUAAGGACUAAUAUAUCUCGAAGUCAAAAUACUCAACACUCCUCACAAUGAACUCAUUUUCCUUCAACUAAAAUCAUUCUCCAUGACAAUCAUUAUUCAUCUUGCCCUUACUGCUGAUAACUUGCUGCAAUAAUUAUUACUGCUGAUGAACACCAAUAGUAACACUUCCUACUUCUACACUGCUGUAAUUAGAGUCACUGCUUAAAACGUCCUGCCCACCUUCACUUUACAAGUUACUGCACCGGUAUUAUCACCUCAGGGACACCUCCAACAACAUAGAAUUAUAUACAUGCCACAAUUGACGCUUUUAUUACAAUGUAAA